AUGGCGCAGGUUCCUUUCCCUCGCAUUGGAUCCCUGAUCAUUGAUGAUGAUGGCUUUUUGCAGUUGGCGAACCGCCCCCUUACAUUAGAGAUUCAAGAUUUGGAGAGUGAGGGCAUUCCACUGGAUGUUCCCAGGAAUCGCACCUACUAUACGGUUGGCUCCUACGUCGAUGACCUGCUUAACUGUCAUGAUAACCGCCUGCGACACCAACCCAACGCUGUGAACGACAUUGGCGACGGGGUCUCUCAAAUGGCCGCCCUCACCAUGUUGAGGGCGGUGCGCCCCGACCUUUUCCGGCGAAGUCUGAAUCACGGACCAUUUGUUAUGCUCCUAACAGACAUGAACCGUCAUAACCUGAUUGUUGAUCAGAAUUGGAAUAUUAUGUGUCACAUUGACCUCGAAUGGACUGCUAUACUUCCAGUCGAAUUCAUGCAGCCACCGCUGUGGCUCACAAACCGAGCUGUGGAUCAAGUGGAGGUCGAUGCAUAUAACAAACUCCGUGAAGAAUUCAUGCUGGCCUUCGAAGAAGAGGAGAAAAAGAAUCAGGCACUACUUCACGAUAGAGACGGCCUUCAACUUUCUUCCAUUAUGAAUAUGAGCUGGGACCUUGGCACGUUCUGGUAUGUGCUUGCCAUGCGAAGCCCGACGGGUCUUCACCCGGUCUUUUACGAGAGGAUCCAACCGCUCUACUCUCGACUUCACCAUGAAGACGACCAAUUUUGCCUCUAUGCCUACCCAUACUGGGCAAGACAGGCUCAUACAUUCGUGAACGAAAAGGCCAACCACAAGGCAGAGUAUGACAAGAAGUUGCGUGAAGCAUUCGAGGAAUCGCCAUAA